AUGACACCAACCACCACCCUUGAUGCCAGCCGGCUGAAGCAGCAGCAGGCGCAUCCUUCUUCUCCUUCACCAGCGGAAACCUCAUCCCCGUGUGAAGACAAAGACAACGGCCCGUCAACGUCUGAAGUCGGAGCUUCUAACGAGCCAAUAUGGAUCCCCUCUGACGUCGACUCCGAUUCGGAGGAUGACGAGGACGACAGUCAAGAUUUUGAUGACUCGCGAUCCGACGCCACGCUUCCAUCGAUCAACAGUCUUGCUGCACGGUCUCAGCCCAGGAACACCAUCCAUGCAGGUAAAUCCUCAAAACCGUCUGCUCUCCAAAAAAGCACCGGAGGUCUAACAGCCGAUCCAGACAGUCCCAGCAAGGCGUUUGAUUACAUCGGUGUUGUUUAUGUCGACUUAACUACAGCCCGCACGAUUGAGUCAGAUGUUGUGACCAGCGUGAUCCGUGGAUCCCCAAGAUCUUCAUCGCACAUCGCCGUAAACCCUCCAACUCCAGCACGGCCAUCACAGACAUCACAGACAUCACAGACGCCCGAUCCCGCGCAUUCUACCCUGGAUCAGGCUCCUUGUCAAGGUGAUGAUGCGGCUGCGAGCGGUACCCGUGCAUGCUAUGAUGGCAUUCCUGAGACCCCCUACGAAUACCCUCAAAGACACCUAUCUCAAGAUACUCCUGAAGGGCAGGGCCUUGCUACUGUCGACGCAAUGGAGCCAAGCGCCAUUACAGGCGAUGCUACGCACGCCGCAACACCAAUUCCUUCAUCACAGAGCACACCGGAAUCCCCAACGCCAGCAUGUGCGUCGCAGCCGUCCACCCCUGCGCCGCUUAACAUGGACGAUGCCUUGUGUCGAGGUGACGACACGUCUGUGAGCGCUGCUCCUUCACGCCACAACAGCAUUCCUGGGACACGUGACGUGUCCCCUCAAAGACAAUCAUCGUUCGAAACGCCUCCAGGGCGGGACCACAGAACGAGCGGUCGUCGAUCCGAAGACGCCGAGGCCCGUAUAUUGUCUGAGGGCGCACCUCAACCGUCAUUAGGAGCCUGCGCAUCCCCUUCUCAGCCACUGGGUCCGAAAAUGCGCCGCCACGCCCAUCGUCAGGCCAUGCAUAGACUAGUCCAAGACGACGAUGAUAGCAGCAGCGACGCGGGCAGCCAGUCCCAAGGAGGCGAAUCCCAUGUUGCGAAUUUGCGGCGUGAUAAGGACUAUUGUCCCUCUCACACAGAAGCCGAAGAGAUGAGCUUAGGCGACGAGUCUAACGGCGAAGACCAAUGCCCACGCAAGCGCCGUAAGGUCUCGAGGUCUUCUGCCAGUUCGCCGCGCGAUGCAGCAGCUAGUGUUGAGCGCCCUCGUCGGGGAAGACCGUCUUUGAGAUCGAGAUCUACGCGGUCAUCCCAGGCAAUGUCCGAUGAGACCGAAGUCAGGGCGGUUCUCGCCAGGUUUGAGGAAUGGCCGCUUGAGAAUGCUUCGCUCAAGAGCAUAACUGAGAACGGCAAAACCACUUUCCAGUUACAGUUCGAUUGGACUGUUCGGGAUGGAGUUGAUUCACCCUCGACACAGACGACGGGCAAGGUCAAGCGAGCUUCAGCUCCAAGAAUCAAGUACACCCCACAGGAAAAUGACCUGCUUAUUAAGUUGAAGGAGGGGAGGGAGAUGAUUGCGUGGCCCGAGAUCCACAGGCGGUUUAGCGAAACCCAUCCAGGGCGGUCUGUCGACAGUCUACAGGUGCAUUACUCUACGAAACUGAAGGGUCGUACGAGACUCUAG